AUGGAAUGUCAAUCUAGUGACAAUUCAUCCCCAAAAAACAUUAAAGGUGAAGAUGGUAAUGCAUACCAGAACUUCCUCUGCUGGAAAGAGUCUGAGCGGAGUAUUCCCGCUCAAUUUGAUGGCCAUAGCCAGACAUUGAUUGUGUUACGAAAGAAUCAUUGGGAUCAGACUAAGGAACAGUGGAGGGUCUGGCAUAAUCUAAGUAGAACUAGCAGUAUGAAAUGGGAUCCAAACACUCAUGAAUUUGGUCCGAGUGAAGAAAACUGGGCCCACUAUUUACAGCUUGCUAGCAGGAUAAUGGUUUUUUGUUACAAGGCAAACCCUGAAGCUGCACCAUUUCGGUCAAAGGAACUCCUGUUCUUUAACAAACAGAAUAUCAUCUAUGCUGGAAUAGUAGUUACCGGAGAAACAGAACUUCCUACAAGGCGUCGGAAGGAUGAUUAUGGUUCGACCACCUCUCUCUUCCACCUAAAAGAGCUAGGAGGCUGGACUCCUAAUAGAAGGACUGAGCAUCAAUACGAUGUAGUUGAAUCAAGGAGCACUAUAACGGGCCCAUAUUCUUCGGCCAAUUAUAUUAUUGGGGAAUGCAUCAAGUGCUUGGAUGAGAUAAAAGAAAUAGACCAAGGAGGUGAAGGAGGUGACAUCUGCUUAUUUGCAUUAGACAUGUUCCUGAAGAAUGAAUACCGAGAAAUUUUCCUCGAUCUAAAAAUGCCUAGAGUAAGGAUUGCAUGGUUGCAAUGGCUGCAAUCAGUUGGUCCAACUUUGUCUUUGCAUUAA